ACCCAGGAUGCGCUUCUGCGGAGUCCCAGCUGAGCCUGCGGCGUCACGCGGCUGGAAUUUCGUCUGGGAAGGGGCGGGCCUCGGACUGCUGGGCCGGGUUGGUCCUCCGCGGCUUCCGUCUUGGAGCGGUGGCGGAAGAAGGUUCAGGGGCUGGGGUCCUGCCACCUUGCUCGGGGCUCUGGCCAGAGAUGGAGUUCGACUGCGAGAGUGUGAAACGGCUGCUUGGCAAGGUGUGGACAGCCCGCCGGGCCAGUACAAGUUCAGGGAUCUAACUGUAGAAGAACUAAAGAAUGUAAAUAUGUUUUUCCCACAUUUCAGAUAUUCCAUGGAUACCUAUGUUUUUAAAGAUAGUUCCCAGAAAGACCUGCUGAAUUUUACUGGUACCAUUCCUGUGAUGUAUCAGGGUAAUACAUAUAACAUACCAAUUCGUUUCUGGAUUUUGGAUUCUCACCCCUUUACUCCCCCCAUUUGCUUCUUGAAGCCAACUGCAAAUAUGGGAAUUUCUGUUGAACAUGUGGAUGCACAAGGCAGAAUAUACUUGCCCUAUCUCCAAAACUGGAGCCAUCCCAAGUCUGUCAUUGUUGGACUAAUUAAAGAAAUGAUUGCCAAGUUUCAAGAGGAACUUCCCCUGUAUUCUCUAUCAGCAUCUGAUGAAGCACGGCAGGUAGAAAUGCUAGCCUAUAUUGCAAAAAUUACUGAAGGUUUUGUAUCUCAGACAUAAUUCAAAGAGUUGGACAAUCAUGAGACUAAAGCAGUCAAUAAAAUUACCGUGGUUGGAAAUGGAGAGUUGGGUAUUGCCUGCAUCUAGCAAUUUCAGCAAAGGGGCAUUGCAGACAGGCUGGUCCUUUAGAUCUCUCAGAAGGAACUAAAGGAGGAAACCAUGGACCUUGACAUCUUCAACCUGCAUGUGGAGAUCAGCAAAGAUUUGUCUGCCUCUGCUCAUUCCAAGGUGGUGAUCUUCACAGUCAACUCUUUGGGUAGUUCUGAGUCUUAUGUUGAUGUUGUGCAGAGCAAUGUAGAUAUGUUCAGAGCCCUAGUCCCUGCUCUGGGACAUUAUAGUCAACAUGGUGUCCUACUCGUUGCAUCUCAACCAGUGGAAAUCAUGCGUGUGUGUGCAUGGAAACUGAGUACAUUUCCUGCAAAUAGAGUAAUUGGAAUUGGAUGUAAUCUGGAUUCACAAAGAUUACAAUAUAUUAUUACAAAUAUUUUGAAGUACAGGACUUCAGGCAAAGAAGUUUGGGUUAUUGGUGAGCAGGGAGAAGACAAAGUGCCCAUGUGGAGUGGCCAAGAAGUAAUGAGUCACAGCUCUCAGGUGCAGCUGUCCAACAGAGCCAUGGAACUGUUAAGGGUAAAAGGUCAAAGAUCCUGGUCUGUUGGACUAUCCAUAGCUGACCUGGUCGACAGUAUUGUAAACAAUAAAAAGAAAGUACAUUCUGUAUCAGUUUUAGCAAAGGGAUAUUAUGAUAUUAAUAGUGAAGUGUUUUUAAGUUUACCUUGCAUCCUUGGAACUAAUGGAGUAACUGAAAUCAUCAAAACCACAGUGAAGGAAGACACAGUGACUGAGAAUCCAAGCAGUGCAUCCUCAAUCCAGGGUCUCCAAGAACAGUUAAAAUUUGAUUCUCAACACAGUUACCUGAAAGAAAAGGUCAUUUCAUUUUGCCAACAUGUAUUAGAUUUUGAGUAUGUCUGUGUCUUCUAUCCUUAUAAACUGCUUGGUUAAGUUAGAUGGUUUCUUGGUUAGUUUUGUCAUUUGAAUCCUGAAGGAGUUAGACAAGGAAGGGGAAAAAAAUCUAAUUUCCUUCGGGGUGCUUACAUAUCAAUAUUGUUCUUUAAAUCUAUAACAGGGAAAAACAUUAAUCUCAGUGUGUAAUAUUUUAAAUUGUAUCCCAAACUCAAGGCACAUUACUUUAGAAAUAUACUGAAAAAAAUUCAUUUUAGAAAGAUUACUUUUUGACGUUUAUAAUAAACAUGAUAAUCUAAAAAGAUCUAGAAGGGACCUUGUUUAUAAAAUCUGUGCAGGGUACAUAUUCAAAAGAUUCAUAGUUUAAGGUGUUGAUGUUCUUUUGCAAAAUACAGUUGGUGGUAAUGGUAAAACAUUUCUUUCUUCAAAUUCAUUAGCUAACAAGAACUGGAAAAUGAUUUUAUAUGCACUUUAAUUUUAAAGGUAAAGUGAAAAACUUUAAUAUAUAAAGAAAAAGUAUGUGUAAUUUAAUUUCCAGUGGAGAUUUCCUUUCCGAAAAUUUUUAUAACCUCUUUCUAGGCUAUAUAAGAUCUCCUACAUGUCAUAACUUACUGUAAUAGUACUAGAAGCAUGGAAGAAAAUGAAUAUUUUGGUAGAAACAGAUUGAGUAAAAAUCAGUUUCUUUUAAAGUCAAAAUAUGAGGAUUUCAUAAAAACCAUUGUUCUUAAGGGAUAGAGGCUGCAUGAACUGAUGGUUCUGAGCAAAUACGUUAGCCACUCCAGAAGAAACAAUUCAGAGUACAUGUAUUUUGGUAAUUAACCAUUCAUUAAUGGUUAAUUAAUUUCAUGUGUUAAAGAUAGCAUAUUAUUACUAUUGUGAUACAAAACUAAUAGUAACAGCUAACAUCAACACUCUAUAUAAUAGGAAUUGUAAUGACCACUUUAUUAUUUUAUCAAAUCCUCAUAAUAACCCACUAAGGUAGGGACUAUUAUCAUCAUUUUAUAGAGGAGAAAUUUAAAUUUAGUGCUCCAGAUCACAUGACUUUUAAGGAGCAUACAGUCUCUACUUUUAAGGUACUAAUGGGGUAAAGGCUUAAUGGCCAAAAGAGUCAUCACAAGACCCUAAAGUUAAGGUCCUAAAUACUAGGAAAGAAUUAAUUUCAUUCUCUUAGGGCUUACUUUAAAAAAACAAAAGCUUUUAGAAAGAUUAAUUCCCUGGUUUCCUAGAUCUGGUCUCCGCAAAUAGCAGAGGCAGUCAUGAACUGAGGUAGGUAUUUAUUUAGUCAUCUAGUUAGUAUUUAUUUGGGGUCCAUUAUACACCAGGCACUAAUGGUGAAUAUGCCUGGGACUAGAUAUGAGCAUUCCUGAUCCUUAUAACCUAGUAUGGGAAACACAAUAAUCAAAUUCCACAUAUGUACAAUUCCAACUGUAAUAAGUAUUGUGAAGAAAUCCAAAGUGUUUUGUAAAUGUAAUAGGUACAUCCAAAUCUGGACAGGGAGAUAGGAGCUAGAUGGUUUAUAAGGGUAGACACAUUGUACAGAGGAAAUAGUCAAUCUAAUGCUCACUUAGUAUAAUAAUGGAUAAUUAAAAUGAAUUUCAGCCAUAAAAAAUUAGAAAAUUAUUUAGUAUGCUCAGAAAGAUUUCCACCAGCUUUAACUGGAUAAAAAUCUUGGACAUUUGGGCUGGGGAUAUAGCUGAAUGGUAGAGCAUUUACCUAGCACACACAAGACCCUGGAUUCUAUCCCUAGCACAACAAAACAAAAACCAAAAAUCUUUGGAUAUUUGAAGAGAUAAGCAUUAGAUUAUUUUGGUUUUAUUCUAACAAUGUAUCCUUACUGUCCUUUUUAUGAAAUAGUAAAGUAAAACUGAAGAUCUACAUCUUGUAUUAUUUUAACUAGCCUUUUAUAAUAAGUGAUAACUAAUUAAAAAUUUGGUAAUUUCUAAUUUUUUUCGUUUUUCUUUAAUAUAUUCUUGAACAAGGGUAACUGCAAAAUAUUAUCUCAUAAAUUGCCAAGAAUUCACUAAAUUAAUUAUAAAAGGAACAUGACAUUUAAAGAAUACCUAGUGUUGUUCCAAAUAUUGUGUUAGAAUCUGCAUAUUCCAAAAUGAACAAUAGUCCUUACCCUCCAGAAGGCCACAAUACAGAAUUGUUUCAGAUGUUCCCUUUAGUGUUGAGGAUUAGUGAUUAUGUUAAGUUCCACAUGUAAGUCAAGAAGUAGUACCACCAACCACCACCUCAUUAUGAUUUGGUGAUUUAACAUUCAGUGCUUCUUUCUGUUAACCUUCACUUUUUCGUUUUUUCCAUAAUUCACAAUGUUUCUUGUUGAUUUUAGUGGGACUUGUAUUUAAAAUGCUUUUCUGAUAUUGUAGUAGAUAUAUUAUUACUUUCCAAUUUGUGUUCCUUAAAUAUUAAGAGUAGUGAAUAAAGUUUGAUUUUUAAAUUCA